AUGUUUUGGAAAUUUAACUAUCAUCAAGUGUCUGCUAUCGACUCUAUCUUAUGUAAAGAGAAUGUAACCAUUGAAGAAGUUCUCGAUGAAGACGAUGUCUUACAAGAAUGUAAAGCACAGAAUACUAAAUUAAUUGAGUUUCUGUCUAGGCCAACUUCAAUCGAAGCAAUGGUCAAUUAUAUUGUAAAUGAACCUUCAGAAGAUGUCGAUGAAAAAAGUCGCUUCAAGUAUCCAAGUACAUCUUGCGAAAUCUUAACUUGCGACGUCUUCUCAAUUACUGAAAAUUUAGUUAAAGAACCAGCACUAACUGAAAAGCUAUGGUCAUUUCUAGAUAAUGAAUCUCCCUUAAAUCCUUUAUUAGCUAGCUUUUUUAGCAAGACUGUUGGUAUAUUAUUAAAGAGGAAUACAGAAGCUACCUUUAAUUAUUUGUGUGGCCAUGAUGGCGUUGUCAAUACUAUUCUGAAACAUUUUAAUACAUCAGCGAUUAUGGAUUUACUUAUGCGCCUAGUCACCUGUACUGAAAAUCCACAGCUAAAAUUUGCCAUCUUAAAGUGGUUGGACGAAGAAUCACUAAUAACAAAACUGAUAUUACUUAUUAAUCCAGCAAUCGAAAGCGAGAUGCAUUCUUAUGCUUCGCAAGUACUAUGUGAUAUUAUUAGACAAGGACGUGAACGUUUACCAACUAUGGUUGACAGUGAGCUACAUGAUCCUUUGCUUCGUACAAUUGAAAGGCAAGAAACUGUUCAACUAUUGAUAGAAAAUAUGUUGCAAGAAACAAAUGGCGAAAGAUGCGAUUCUGCUAUUGUAAGUGGUAUUCAGGUAUUACUUGCGAUGAUAGAUCUGCGAAGGACCAGUGAACAAUUAGAAGACGCAUCUGUGAUUAUAGACACUAAGGAAUUUGCUGAAGUUGAUAAUGAAAUACAAGGAAUAAUACCUAGGUUAAGGGACUUAACCGACCUUUUAAAAUCUCCUCCUCGUAGGCAAGCUAUGCGGACUACAGCUGGCUUACUACAACCACCAUUAGGAAAUGUCAGAUUGCAUGUCGCUAAAUUAGUUUCAGCUUUACUACUUACAAAUGUUCAUGCAGUCAACGUUGAAUUGGCUAAAUUAGGAACUUUAGAAUUAUUGUGGGAUCUGUUCUUCAAAUAUUCCUGGAAUAAUUUCCUUCAUUUACAUGUGGAGCAAUGUAUCGUUACAAUCCUUACCAAUACACCAAAUGAAGAGGAUGGUGCUAGAGUAUCUCCUCUGAUAAAUACGCUGUUCCAAAACUGCCGGAUAUUAGAAAAAAUAGUGGAUAAUUGGGAAGACAACGAGAAAGAAACGGCAAAUCCUCAUGGUCAACGCGGAGGCCAUAUGGGAUAUCUUACUCGAAUUGCUAAUACCGUAGCUACUAGAUUAGAAAGAGGUCCAAAUAAAGAGAUACUUCAAUCUUAUUGUGAUUAUACAGAUCUUGCCGAAGAUAUACAUGGGCGAUGGGAUCAGUUCAUUUCUGGUUCUCUUAAGGAGACAAAUAAGAGGAACGCUAUCGAAUUAGUAAAGCCGACCAAUUCUGGGACAUCCUCCAUAUCUGAUGAGGAUGACUUUCCUAGAGCUGUUACUGGCAAUUUACCGAAGAUUUACAAUCAUUAUCAAAUGUCUGACCUUGGCCCUAGUAUGAUAGAUAAAUUAUCAUACGAUGAAGAUGAAUUUCAAGACGAUGAUGAAUGCCUUAAGGCUCACUAUGACGCAUUAGAGGAUGUCAAAUUCAAAAUUGAUGUACAAGAUAGCAUGAAUUCAGCCAAUAUUUUCGAAGAACGCUGUAACGAAAAAAUGGCUGCUUUUGACGAAACCACCGAAGAUGUCUGGGAAGAACGCGAGUUCUCAAUUACCAGCGAAUCCCAUGAGUUAGUUUCUUUCUAUUGA